GGGAAACUAAAGGGGGGAAAUUGCAUGGUAGCGUACCAUACAAUGUUGUCACCUUUUAGGACCUGAGGCCUGGUGUGAGGAGCCUGGAGCGGCGGAGCCAUGAUGUCGUGGUUCGGCUGGAGCGAGCCGCCGUACCGGAGCGCUCGACGUGACCCGGCCGAGGUGGUGACCGACACCCUGAUGCUGGAGCUCAGCUGGCAGAUAAAGGAGGCCGAGCGCCUGCAGCGUGAGCGCGAUAACGAAUAUCGCCGGCUGAGCACAGGGGUGGAUUACAGCUGGCUGGUGAGCAUGCCGCGCACCACCUACGAUAUCAGCCAAGGCGAGAGACUGGCGCUGGAAGAUCUCUGCGGCAAACUGCACCCGUCCUACUGCGGGACAAUGAUACUCCGUUUUCGCCAGGUGCUGAGCGAGAACGAGCCGGAGGUGCAGGAGGUGUCCGGCCUUUUCCGCGGCGUUCUCCUGGAGACCCUGGAGCGGAUGCAGGAGGAGAAGGAGGCGCAGCGUCUGAGUCGGCAGUGGAACAACAAGCGCUCCAUCAGCCUGUCCAUGCUCACCCUCAAAUCCAGGAUACGCAUCAAUCCAUUCGGGAGCUCGGUGGCCCUCACCUCCAGCUCCUCCGGGUUAGAGGAGGUCCACACCAUAUCCCAGGAUGUGGAGAGAGGUCUGGAGCGGGCAGCAGAACGGGCACCGCGGGUGUUCAGCGUGCCGGACUUCACGCGCAACGGGCAUUAACGGACGUUUCGGAAUGUAGGACUUUGCAGGAGCGUCGAGGUGGAACGAGAGAAAAUCCUCUGUAAUAACUACGUACUUAUAACGAUUCUCAGUUCUUUAUCGUUUCUGCUUUUAACCUCAUGUUUUUAGAAAAUGAGACAAUAACUAAAUAACCAAAUACACGACCAAAAGUGUACGGACACCUGACCAGGAGCUUGUUGGACUUUUUUAUUCCAAAACCAUGAGCGCCCCUUCCUACAGCUUUAACAGCCGUCAGUUUCCCAUAAGAUUUCAUACUGAUAUUGGCUAGGAAGGUCUGGCUCGCAAUCGAUGUUCCGAUUCAUCCCAAAGAUGUUCGACUGGGUUAAGGUUAGGGCUCUGUGCACCCGCUGGAAGCGUUUUAUGCACCUAUUAGCAAAGGGUGUGGCUUAAACACCUGAGCCAAGAUCAGAAAAAGUUGGGACAGUGGAUAAAAUGCAAAUAAAUUUAGAGUAAUAAUGUACAGCAGUUUAUUUUAUUUAAAGCAAUUUUAAGCAUUAUUUUAUAAUUCAGUGUACGUCAGUGUGUUGUUUCUAGAGUUUUUGAGGAGAGAAAAGUAUUUAACCACUUUUAUUUAUUUUUUUCAUUUUCUAUUAUCUACUGUACAUAUUUGUAAA